GGGGGUAUGGCUAUCCCGGCGUGCACCGUAACCCGGCUCGAGUCGCAGACGGAGACGGAGGAGGCGGCGGUGUGAGGAAGCCUCGGACUUGGGUAGCGCCAUGGCUGGAGUAGUGGCCCGCAAAGCCCUUAGCUAUGUCAAGAGCAAAGAUUUCCGUGAUUAUCUCAUGAGCACUCACUUCUGGGGUCCUGUGGCCAACUGGGGCCUGCCCAUUGCUGCUUUUAAUGAUAUGAAGAAAACUCCAGAGAUCAUCAGUGGGAGAAUGACAUUUGCAUUGUGCUGUUAUUCCUUGCUGUUCAUGCGGUUUGCAUACAAGGUACAGCCUAGAAAUUGGCUUUUGUUUGCUUGUCAUUUCACUAAUGAAACAGCACAAAUUAUUCAAGGAUGCCGCUUGAUCAAGUACAACAUACAGAAGAAGAAGACUUCAUCUGAGUGAUGUCAAACUGGAUCUCUUGCAGCACUUUUUCUUUGGAUCAACAUGUUGCCCAUAUCAAGAUAUUUCUACAUUAUUUUUAAACGCACAAGAUUCUACAAGUUCAGUGUAUGAUUAAGUUUUUGAGGAUUUAAUUCUAAUCCUAUUUGGAAUUGAUAUUCACAUUAUUUUAGCAGUUUCUAAAAUUGCCUUAAAUUUGUAAGUAACAUGCAUGGAUUUCCAAAUGUAAUCAUGUACAUAUUUUUCUCUAGUUUUAAAAGUGUGUGAAUUAUAUUGUACAUUGAAGAAAAUUGCAAUGUUGCAGAGAAUGGUUAUGAUUAUGGCUGUUGUAGAAUGGUUUAUUUUGUGGUUUGAAACUGUUUUUAAUAAAGUACAAUGAAAAACUGCUGUGUUGACAAUUAAAAAUUGUGAAUUAAUUACCA